GAGAAGCUGAAGAAGAACAUUUGCAAAAAAACAAAAAACAAAUUAGUAAAUUUUUGACCACAUGGAUUUGACACAUUUCUGACAAAAAAUUUUGAUUUUGCAUUUCAAAAUUUCUGAAAUUUUGGGACUUAAAAAGUGUUUUGUGGUGAUGAGGGAGGAGGUAGCGUGCACUAAGUCCCCAGAAGGAGGCAUGGGCGCCAGUGAAGAGGAGCUGGAGCGCGUAGGGAAGAGAGGCGUACAGGGACGCAAGAGAACGCCGUACCCCAAAAAAGAAACCAUGACGGAGGAGAGCGAUAUGUCAGAUGCCCUCCCAUCCAAACGCAUCAAGAAGAGCCCUUCAUCCAGUAUCGUGUCCCUGGCCCCGGCCGCGCUCUCUGCCCGACCUGACAGAGUGGAGAGCUUCGAGGACCUUCACUCUCAGCGUGUGAUUGCUAACGUGCGCGAGCGUCAGCGCACUCAGAGUCUGAACGACGCCUUCGCCUCUCUGCGUAAAAUCAUCCCCACGCUGCCUUCGGACAAACUCAGCAAGAUCCAGAUCCUCAAACUGGCCUCCAGAUACAUCGACUUCCUCUACCAGGUCCUCCAGAGCGACGAGAUGGACGCUAAGCUCGCCAGCUGCAACUACCUAGCCCACGAGCGGCUAAGCUACGCCUUCUCCGUGUGGAGGAUGGAGGGGGCGUGGGCCAUGUCCGCCAGCCACUGAGGACGCUAACCAAAGACUCACUCACUUCCUACUUCCUUAACUCUAUGUGUCCUAUGCACUUCCCCCUGAACUUUGACCCCUCAUCUUUGCUCAUUUCAAUUCGUUACAUCCAAAUAUUUCCACAUUUCCCUAACCCUCAUGUACUUGAACUUUGACCGUUUAACUUACCCAAUGUUCACUAUAGGAAGAAUCCUUAAAGACACAUUGCUCCCUACAUCCUUCCUCUUGAACUCUGACCUUUUUAUCUACUCUGGUUCAAAUGCAUCAAAAUGUCCCAUGUUCACUACAGCCACUCUAGACCCUAAAGACGCCUCCCCACGUCCUAAAGCCCAUAUGGCACCUUCCAUAUUUACAGAUGACACUGAUUUAAUAUUGGUGAAUUGGACUAGUCCAGUUGGAAGGAUGCUUAAGGCCGAUUUGCUUCCUAUUUCUUAACCUCUAUGUGUCCUAUGUCUUUCCUUAUGACCCUUGAACCCUUAUACAUGUUACUGGUGUAUCUAAACAGUUUCUGCCUUUAGCACUGGGCUCAUGUUCACUGUUCACUAGAGGAGGGACACUUCCUAUCUCCUAAUUCCUAAUGGAAAUGUGGAAGUACAAACAGCAGAUUGAGCGGAGUUUUAAAGCCAGUGCUGUGUGUGCUGUGUGUGCUGUGUGUGUGCUGGGUGUGCUGUGUGUUCUGAGCU